AUGCCAUCAACACCAGUCAACACGAUAGAGGACAUCCUCGCAACAGCGACCAUCGACCCGGCCUUCUCCGCUGCGCUGGGAUCGAGCAAUCUCUUGCCUGGAUCAAACUACACCCUCGCGGACAUCAAGCAAGGCACAGUGGCGGGCCUCGCCCCAUUGCAAACACGACUCUCCGAGUCGCAGCCGCCCCAAAUUACCGAGACAGAACACUGCAUCAAACUCCGCGACGACUGGGCCUCCCGCAUCAUCGUGUGCCAUCUGACCUCCGACCUCCAAGGCACUGCGCCACCGCGACCGCUCAUCCUCCUGCUGCAUGGCGGGGGCCAUACCAUCGGCUACCCUGAAAUGCAGCUGCGCCUAGCUAGGGAACUCGUGCUGGCGCACUCGGCCGUGGUGAUCUGCUCGUCGUACCGUCUGGCGCCGGAGUUCCCGUUCCCCUUCUCUAUCUGCGAUUCCUGGGAGGUGCUCGAGUUCUGCGCCAGCGAGAACAGGAAGUCCAACUCGGCCAUCUUGCCCCGGUGCACCGACGCGCGCGUGGGAUUCCUCGUCGGCGGCGAGAGCGCAGGCGCAAACCUCGCGGCCUCGCUGGCCCACCUGGCCAGGGACCACAACUUGAAUCCUCCGCUGACGGGACAGAUCCUGGUGGCGGGUACCUACAUCUCUCCGGAGCGCGUACCUGAAAGGUACAAGGACAGGUAUUUGAGUCGAGAACAAAACGCCGACGCCCCGAUCCUGGACCGACAUCUCAUCAAACUCUUCACCGACGCCUUCCAACCGGAUCCGACUUCGAAGCUGUGCUACCCAUUCGAUCAGAACGAUCCGCGCGACGAAGUCGAAGGCGCAGGUACGAGAUCCGUCAAACACGGGCACUUAGGCGUCGCGCCUGCGUAUUUCCAAGUUUGCGGCUUGGACCCGUCCAGGGACGACGGGUUGAUCUAUGAGAAGGUGUUGAGGGAGGAGUGUGACGUGCCGACCAGGUUGGAUCUGUAUAAUGGGUUGGCACAUUGUUGGUGGGCGAUGUUUCCGGACCUGGAGAUGUCGCAAAGGAGGACAAAAGACACCGUGAACGGAGUGGGAUGGCUAUUGAGUCUGAAGAAGAACGGAUGA